UUACCUACCCUACCUUUAAAGUACAUUGUCCCUGCUAAAUAAACGAUGAAAUGAAAUUGGGUAUUCUUUUAAGCUAAAUAAAUAUGCAUUAUACAGGCUCCACAGUGGGAUGGCCAUUGGCUCAGAGGCUAAAGAAGCCCUGACCAGGCCUCGGCUGGGUCACGAGGACUGGGAGGAGAAGAGGCACCAGCUGCUGCUACAGAAGAUGCAGCUGGAGACGGAGAGAGAGAGGCUGCACGCACGGCUGGCCGAGCAAGAGGAGAGGCUCAACGUGCAGAACCAGCAGCUUCAACAGUCGCGCCUCGAUUACAGCAAAUUCCAACAAGCUACUCAAUCUGAUCUCAGCAGCUCCAACACUAGAAAUAGAGACCCACAGCCUGAGGGUCCCCCCCACCAACAUUUACCCUCCAGUGUGUGUGAAGAUUCAGAGGGACAUCCUGCAGCGCAGAGCUCACAUGCAAAACACUUGAAACCUCUACCCACUCAUCUGGACAAUGGCAAUGAGGCCUUAGAGCAGUCCAGAAAGGACAUGGCUACAUCUCCGGCCCCUGCAAACCUGAAUAGACCCACCUCAUCGUCUGUGAUCCGAAAGUCCUCUGAGUCCAG